CCACCUCACGUCAACAAAAAUAAUAGUAAGAGCUUGCCAGCCUGCAAUUUCAAUAGGAGAAGAGAAUGAAGACAAAACCUUUCAGACGUGGGUAGAAGAGGAAUUGGUGGAUCACACUCAACUAUAAGAAUUAAAGGGGCACCUGAAAGAAAAGAAAAGUAAGAACUUAGUUCUGCAACACUAUGUACCUAUUUCCUCUUACUUGAGAAGAAGCUUCUAUAUUCUUGCCAUCGGUUCUCUGAACUAAAUCCUCUGAGAAUAAGCUACCCUAAUGGAUAUGGAAUCGGCUAGAUGGUUUACUGAACAGGAUUUGGAUGAUUACAAGUUAAUCCAAGAAUAUCAUAUCAACACUCUAGCUGCGUUGACCACUCAAAACAUGGUAACUGCACUUGGAGAUGAACUCCAACCAUCUUUCUCUUCCGACAGCAAUUCCUCUUACCCUGUUUUCACUGCCAAAAGCACUGCCACUGCUGCUGCUGCUGGAACCACUUUAAGUAGUUACUUUAUUGAAACAUCUCAGACCAGCUAUGAGAGACCCAGUAAACUGCAUAAGACAAAUAGCUGGAACUCGGACAUCACCACAGAGGACCAGUCAGCAAAGCCUUCUUCUACCUCUCAACUUCUUUCUUUUGAGACCCCAAAAGUUUCGUCACCUGUAAAUUCCCAAAGAUUUUACAUGAAGCCGAAGGAUGAGGCUGCGUCGCCAAGAAAUAUGCACUUCCAACCUGUGAUUUCAAGGCCUCCUUAUGAUAUUCAAAAUCAUGACAUAAAGACCAUCCAAGGAAUUACUAAUAACAAGAGGCCUUACUCCGUGACUAGAACUGCUUCUCAUGCUCAGGAUCAUAUACUGGCUGAAAGAAAGAGGAGAGAAAAACUUAGCCAGCGGUUUAUUGCUCUUUCAGCCCUUGUUCCAGGCCUAAAGAAGAUGGACAAAGCUUCUGUCCUCGGAGAUGCUAUCAAGCAUGUGAAACAACUUCAAGAACGAGUGAAAAUGCUCGAGGACCAGACCAAGAAGAGAACUAUGGAAUCAAUUAUCCUAAUAAAGAAGUCUCAGCUCUCUGCUGACGAUGAAUCUUCUUCUUGUGAUGACAACUCCGAUGGUUGCUCUGAUUCAGCACUCCCAGAGAUUGAAGCAAGAGUCUCGGAUAAGGAUGUACUUUUUCGAAUCCACUGUGAGAAACAACAGGGAGUUGUACCCAAAAUACUACACGAAGUAGAGAAUCUUCACUUAUCUAUCAUCAACAACACUGUCUUGCCAUUUGGGAGUUCCACCCUUGAUAUCACCAUAAUUGCGCAGAUGGAUGAGAACAACUCCAUGGCAGUGAAGGAUCUCGUCAAAAACCUAAGAGUGGCUUUGUUGAAGUUCAUGUGACCUACAGUAGUUCAGUGGGUUUGCGCAUUACAUUCCUGCAUGUACCUUAAGACUAUUUUGCUAAACACAAAGUCUUUAGUUCGGUCCCUCUCUAAAAGAAUUAAGCACAUAAUAUGAUCUCGUUUCUUCUGUAAUCUAUA